ACCCCAGCACAAAUAAAAUCAAUUUGCCUGGCCAUACUAGAAUCAGGAAAGCAGUACGCAGUGAAGAAGAGGAAACCAUUCCCACUCAUGUAUUCCUACUACGGAACAGAGUAUCUUGGUGCGGCACAUGGGCUUUCAUCAAUCCUUCAGAUGUUGCUUUCCUAUUAUGAGUACCUGCAGCCAGCAGAUCAGGAGCUUGUGUGGCAGAGCGUUGAUUUUCUUAUGGACCAAGAACAGAACAGCAACUGGCCUCCUGAGCUGGGAGAGACAAUUGAGCGGGAGAACGAGCUCGUACACUGGUGUCAUGGAGCUCCAGGCAUUGCAUAUCUGUUUGCCAAAGCUUACCUGGUUUCCAAGAAGCCUCAAUAUCUGGACACUUGUAUCCGCUGCGGAGAGCUAACUUGGCAGAAAGGCCUGUUGAAGAAGGGACCUGGAAUAUGCCAUGGAGUGGCUGGUAGUGCUUAUGUGUUCCUGCUGCUGUACAGGCUCACUGGAAACUCAAAAUACAUUUACAGGGCACAAAGGUUUGCAGAGUUCUUAUUUACAGAAGAAUUUAAGGCUGGUUCCCGGGCAUUAGAAAGUGUAUAUAGUCUGUAUGAAGGCUUCUCGGGAACUGUGUGUUUCCUGACUGACUUGCUGCAACCCAACCAAGCCGAGUUUCCGCUCUUCAGUGUCUUUGUCUAGAGAGUAACAUUCUCCAGGGCC